UGAGGAAACAGUAUUCACAUUCCUUACUAAACAGUCUAAAUAGAUUGUCAAUCUGGUUGGGGAUGAAAAGGCGUGAGGUGUCAACAUUUUUCUUAAAUUUUGGUCACAAUGGAGAGACAUUUGCACCCUGUCAGCUUAACUGUGUGGGUGGACAUGAGUCAUUCUCAGGCUAGGAUGAAAAAUGUUUUCUAAAAUAUGUGGUGGUAAAAAAUAAAAAUAACUGUGUGUGCAGUAAUUACCUAAUUCUGUGAUAUCCCUGAUAACAAAGCUAUCCAAUAGCAGCCAUGGCAAUUUGAAAGUACAUGAAAACAGGCUUUUGAACCUGUCAGAUGAGUUUGGAGAAUCACAAUGAUUCUGACAUGUGUUCACCAAAACUAUUUAAUUAAAAGAAAAACACGUUGAAACCUUGAACAUCACUAGUAUUUGACUAAUUAUGUACUCGUAAAUUAAUUUAUUUGAUACACUCUAACAAGUUUAUCCAGUUGACAGAUCUGGCAGCAUCCCCUCCUUUGUCAAGCCACGUCAGUUUCCUACUCUCUUUGUGGAUUAAAGAUUAUCUUUAAUAAUGAACUGCAACCGAGAUUGCCUGCUUAAAUUAUUCCUGACUGUGCUUGGUAUUACUGCAUUUGGUAUUUACAUUACACAAACUGGAAUGCUGAAUGUUACAGGAGUCACGAACAUAUUGUUGCCAACAGGCACAAGGCGUCUCCAAAAUACAGUCUUUACUAAACCAAUCAUUGGACCAUUUCCCAGUAAAAAUCGAUCAUCUUGUUCCUGCAAGGGAUUUACUAUCACUGGGCUAAACGUGCCAGCGGCUGAACUAGAAGAUGUUCAGAGACGACGAUCAGAGGAGUACAGACAAUACAAGCUCAGGAUGAAGACAAACUUGGAUACACUUAUUCUUGCCCCAUCCAACUCCCCCCUCCAAUAUCCUAUCCAGGGUGUCAUAGUGGAACCUCUUACAAAAAGUGUGAUACCAGGUUUGGCUUUGCACGCACAAAAAAGAAGACUAUAUAAGGUGUCCCUGAGUGUAAAGGGUGGAGUGCUCUCAGUGGAGGAUCUUGUAGAUGGAGAGCAGGUGGAUGGACAGGGUCAGAGUGAACUGACCAUUUUAUCCAUCAGUCUCAUACAACUCAAUGACCUGUUGAGCAGAGUGACCUACACUAGCACCUUCUACCAUGUCAACACUAAAGAUCUGGUUUAUUUGUCUUUUGAGGACUAUGAGGCCGUAUUUCCCAUCAUGAUCAAGAGAACUUCUGUCCCUGUUCUGUAUGACCCAGGGAAAGAUAUUAACUCACAGGUAACCAUAACAACCAAGACCUUUCUGAGGUAUGAGGAGCUGAAUGUCCUCAUCAACAGUAUCCGACAGUUUUACCCGGAAAUCAAAAUCAUUGUUGCAGACGAUAGCCUAAUUCCAGAAAAGGUGAAUGGCAGCAACAUAGAGCAAUACAUCAUGCCACCUGCACAGGGCUGGUUUGCUGGCCGGAAUCUGGCUGUAUCACAGGUGACCACUAAAUACUUCCUGUGGGUGGAUGAUGACUUCAUAUUCUGGAACAAUACGCGGAUAGAAGACUUUGUCAAGAUCAUGGAGAAAGUUCCAGAACUGGAUGUGCUUGGUGGAGCAGUAGGAAACAAUCAGUUCUUUUUCCGCCUUGUGUACGAGGAGGGGGAGGAAGAGGAGGGUGGCUGUCUCCAACGUCGGCAUAGAGGGAAGCUUCAGUCUCUACCAGGCUUUAAUGGCUGCUUCUUUGUAGAUGGGGUCGUCAAUUUCUUCCUGGCACGGACAGAUGCUGUGAGAAGGGUCGGCUUUGAUCCAUUCUUGAAAAGGGUGGCUCACACUGAGUUUUUUCUUGAUGGUCUCGGAGAUUUGAUGAUUGCUUCUUGUAAAGGACUUUCAAUCGGCCACCAAAAGAAACGCAAACAAAGCAAAUACAGAAGAUUUAGGUUUCCGGGACAAAGUGAUGGAAAAAACAAACUGGCUCAUCAUUACUUCAAGAAUAAUUUGAAAUGCAUAAAGUACUGAGUGACUUUUGCGGAGAGAGGUGACCAAUCUCCUGUCAGAUACCAAGUGCUGCUUUUCCACAUACAAAGAAUUUAAAACUUUUUUUUAUUUAAUUGUUUUACUUAUAAUAAAAGUAUGUAAAUGUAAGGUUCAAGACUCUAAAAUACAUCACAGAAACCAACUACACGUGAUUGUUAAAAAUGUUUUGAUAAAGAAAAGAGUCGUUUUGUGGGCAAGGUGAAAUGGUGUGACAUUUUCUUUUCUUUCUGAGACUAUUCAAUCAAUGGAGUCAACCAUCAAAAAACAGGACAAACUUCAGUUUAAACAAAAAUGUUGUCAUAUUUAUCACACUCUAUGUGUCACUGAUAUUAAAAUAUUGUUUUCAAAUAUUACUGUGAAUUGUACUCUGUAUUAAAUAAAACUGUAAUUAUGUUGAAAAUACUUUGUUGAUGAGAGAGGUCAAUGGAAAAUGGACAGACUGGUUUGAGCUAAUAGAAAGGCUGCGGUAACUCAGAUAACCCCUCUGUACAAUUGUAGUGAGUAGAAUAGCAUCUCGCAAUGCACAGUGUGUCAAACCUUGAGGGGGAUGGGCUACAACAGCAGAAGACCACAUUGGGUUCCACUUCUGUCAGCCAAGAACAGAAAACUGAGGCUGCAGUUAGCAUACCAUUUGUGUACCUCAGCAGAAAUCCAGAUUUGUCAGACAAGGUGACGUUUUUCCAAUCAUCUGUUGUCCCGUUUUGGUGGGCCUGUGCCCAUAGCAGCCUCAGUUUCCCAUUCUAAGCUUACAGUAGUAGUACCCAGAGGGGUCUUCUGCUACUGUAGCCCAUACGCCUCAAUGUUCAACGUGUUGUAUGUUCAGAAAUGCUUUUCUGCAUAGCACUUUUGUAAUGCCUGUUUAUUUGGGUCACUGUCACCUUCCUGUCAGCUUGGAGCAGUCUGGCCAUUCUCCUCUGACCUCUGUCAUUAACAAGCCAUUUUCACCCACAGAAUUGCUGUUCGUUGGAUGUUUUUAGUUUUUUGCACCAUUCUCUUAACACUCUAGAGACUGUUGUGCAUGCAAAUCCCUGGAGAUCAGCAGUUACAGAAAUACUCAAACCAGCCCGUCUGGCACCAACAAUCGUGCCAUCAUCUAAAUCACUGAGAUCACAAAUUUUCCCCAUUCUGAUGGUUGAUGUGAACAUUAACUGAAGCUCCUGACCCAUUUCUGCAUGAUUUUAUACAUUACACUGCUGCCACAUGAUUUGCUGAUUAGAUAAUGUAGAAUAUUGUUAUAAAGUUGAAUACAAAUUAAUCAAGUAUAAUCAAUGUAAAUAUAGCCAUUUUAUUCUACAAUUAUUUCUGAUGGUCAAGCAUGUAUCUUACUGUGUAUCUGUGUAGAGGCCUGUGUAGGAAUGGAAUGUGCUCACAUAUGGUAAACUGAGUCUCCUGCUUUGACACUAGAGAAAAUAUAUGGUGAGGCCCCUUCACAGAGGUUUCCUGUCCACUUCUUACAAAACAACAGACUGAAGUCACUGAACAAAAUGAUAAAUAAUAGUGACAUGUAUGGAAUGUAGUAGCCACGCCAAGGUUGUGUUUUAUUAAAGAUUUGA